UCCCUAAAUCCGUUGAUUUGUCAACAGUCCUGUAGUAAUAUCGGGGGUAUACGCGGCCUCCUGGGAGUGCCAAGUCUUUUCAACCGGAUCACCAUCGAUUGCAGCAGACCGAUGGAACGAGAACGGGAACGGGAGCAUGCUAUCAGUGCGGCUGGGGCCAGCAGUAGCAGUGGACGAAUGAAACACCUGAAGAAACGUUCUCGCAAAAGCAACAAGAAAUCUAAGAGAAAACGGCGCAACACGACCUCCGAUGUGGAUGAUCUAUCUUCUGCUUCGUUCAGCGAGGAGACGAAACGCCGUCCGCGAUCACACAAAAGUGGCGAUGCGUACGACGACAGUAGUGGAGACAUGCGAGGAAGUCUCGCGAAUAGAACGGCAUCGUCCGGUACGAAAUCCGGCGUCGAGUAUUCAGACGUCAGCUCGGACGACUUUUCCGCUCCAGAAGCGGGCGAAAUUGAAACGGACAUCUCAGACGCUGCUGAAGGUAGCGGAGCUGCCGUAAAUAAUGGAGCGGAGGGUUCGUUUUUCAGUGGAGAUGAGUCCGAUAACGAUGAUGGAAGAACAUCAAAAAGUGAAAGUAAAUUGCAUCAUCGCCACCGCCAUCACCGACACCGAAAGCCUCUGGUCGACGAUCCUGAGAAAAAUUUAAAUUCGCAUCGAUCUAGCUCCAAGCGCUGGAGUCGGACGCCACAAUCUCAGAAGGUUUCAGAGAUGGACGCGCGCAGCAACACGCCAUCUCUACCAGAUGUGGGGGACUCAAGCAGAAGAGGAGGAACUAUGGUGGAUACGAGCGGUGGCAUCGCGGCAUCUUCAAUCAGCAGCUCAUCCAGUCGAUCGAAACGGAUGAACUCGAUUUCAUCCGAUACUUCAUCGAUAAAAUACCACAGACAGAAGCGUCGCUCUAAGCACAGCGGUCUUAAAGGUGUGGACGAUGAACAAGACUCAUUACGUCACGAAGAUGACGACGAUGACGGAGGAGGAUUGGCGGGGAAUGGAGGUGCCGGCACAGAAGAACUGGAUGAUGAGGACGACAAUGAAGAAAAUGACGAGGAAGAGGAAGAUGACGACGAAGAGCUGGACGAUGAUAAUGAAGAACUUUCGCUAUCGAGCCGGAAGCGGUUAAAGAAAAGCAAAAAAGAGAAAAAACACAAGAAAAACAAAAAAUCCAAGAAACGAAAGAAGAAGCAACGCACUAGAUCGAUAUCGAGCAUUGAGACGAUCUCGGAAAGCGAAGGAUCGCUAUUGGAAUCUAUGACUCCACCACUGAAACAGUCGCCCGUUUAUGGUGUACCAGGCGGCGAUGGUAACAAAUCAUACACUCCAGUUCACAACGACACUAGCCUUACUCCAGUCUCACCAGGAACUCCUCCGUUGUUAGAUCUUCAUCAUCAUCAUUCUACGCGACACUCGCUGAACAGUCCAUACGAUAGUCAUGAUAUUACUACAAGAAGCCGCAGUCCUAACGACCGGGAUCGUGAACGUGAAAGGGAUCGGGAUCGAGAUCGAGAUCGAUCAUCUAAUGCGCCCGGUGUAAGCGGCAACAGUCGCAAAUUAUACAUCACGUCCUCACCUCACACUCCACCGGUCACUAGUUAUCAUAAGAAAAAUUUAUCGUCUUACCAUGAUCGUUCGCUGGCACAGCAACAGCACCACAUUAGUCCAAUUGAUCUGGAUAGUCCGCCACCACCAGCGCUACGGCACCGACGAAGCAGCAGUCAUCGAGAAAACAGCAGACGCCGCAGCCAGUCCAAUGAUCGAAGAUAUAGCGCUAGACGAACGCCUUCUCCAAAUGGUCGGCAUAAACCACAUACUCCACCACCCACGAAGCGUCGUAGGGAUCGAUCACCACCGGAGAAAGACUACUAUCGGAAAACAGACAACCGUGGUGGUUACAGCAAACGCGAACGAGAGUGGGACGACCGACGAGUAGGCGAACCCCACAAGCGAUUUUGUAGCAGAACUCCAAGCCCAAGCAGCAGCCGAAGAGUUCGUCGGACGCCUUCACCACCACAAACGAGCAGAACGAGAUCGUUACGGAAGGCAGGAUAUUAUAGCCCUUCUCCGGAGCGCGGUGGGGGAGGAACCGUUAGUGGUACUAGCUAUGCUUCAACCCGUUCGAAGCAUCGCUCACGAAGCCCCCGGCGAUCGCCUCCACCAUCUGCUACUAACAAACGCUACUCUAGAAGCAGAUCCAGGUCACCACAAAUGCCUUCAGCUAAAAAGUUUGAUCUGCAAAAGAAAAUCACCGACACUAGCUUCUUUGCGGAACUCAUUAAGGACAAACACAAGCGCAAUAAAACGCUGCUAGAGAUUCUUGAAAACAAGAAAAAGAACGAUGCAUCUGGUCCGGAAGGAACUGCAACAACUAACAACAGUGGCUCUGCGUCGUUGGAUGGUGAGGUAAACGAAACUGGUGCACCAGAUGGUGCGCCGGGAUCGGCCGUAACGUUGGAUAGUACCGGUGCAAACGGUUACAAGGACAAACCGUCACAUUCUAUGUCAAAUUUAACUGAUAUUCCAAUGCCGGAUUCAACGGAAUGUUCCACCCAUUCGGACCAAAUUGACGGACGGACUGCAGCAAUGCCUACGACUUCCGUUGCCGACGGACAGAGCCGAAACUGUUGCGACGUCAAUGCCAACAGCAACGGUGGCAGCAACAGUUUGGUUUCAGAUUCACAAAUACCUGUGAUAACGAACAGUGGACCCCAUCAUCAUCAGCAUCAUCCACUGUGCCCUUCAGCGUCUUCUGGUACCGAUCUGCUGCAUGUGGCAGCGAAUACUGAAUCAAUGCAGUCGACCGCAAAUACAGCGGAAAGUAACAAUAACGUAAACAGCGGAACGGCUCUGUCUAAGCCAAAAAGUCUUACAAAUCUUCCAAUGCCACCGGGUGUUAACGUGGCCGAGCUAGAAGGCGCGCAAACGCCCAGCCCAACCGGACCAAUCAGUCCCGUCGCUGCUGUGAGUUCUAUGAAAGUAAUGCCCAUUCCCACGCUAACGACGACCGGUGCCGUUCCGCUUCCGGUGGCCACUAACGCCGCCGGUAUCAACAAACAGCGCUCCGAAAGCCACAAACCAACCACACCUAACGUGUCUACACCGGCAGCGGUUCCGUCGGGCGCAUCCACUGCUGCCUCUGCCAUGUCGGUGGCCGGAAGCGGUAUGAAGAAAGGUUUACUCAAUUUACCCAUGCCGCCAAUGGUACCCGGAUCGGAAGAUCUCAGUGGCGAUGAAGAUAUUGGCUCACCUGUACUGUCCAGCCAGCGUGAUUCCUCGCAAAAACUGGCAUCAUCGUCCGGGCAGUCUGGCACAAUGAACAACAAUAACGUUAGCUUAAACAACAGGUACAAAACUGCGGUCGCCGGAACGGUGUCCACGGUAUCUGCGCAACAAUCCAGCAGCGGACAGAGUAAGGUAACCCAGCCGCGCCCGAGGAUUUUAAACCGGCGCCAUUCGCGUAACAUGACAGCGCCCAUGUCGGCUUCCGGAGGAAAGGACUGGGGUGAACGAUGCGUCGAAGUGUUCGAUGUAUUGGAACAGAUCGGCGAAGGAACAUACGGCCAGGUAUACAAAGCCAAGGACCAGCAGACCAACGAACUGGUGGCAUUGAAAAAAGUGCGCCUUGAGCAUGAGAAGGAAGGCUUUCCGAUAACAGCGGUGCGGGAAAUAAAAAUUCUUCGCCAACUUAAUCACAAGAACAUUGUCAACUUGCGGGAAAUUGUUACUGAUAAGCAGGAUGCUCUUGAAUUUCGCAAAGAUAAAGGCUCCUUUUAUCUGGUGUUCGAAUACAUGGAUCACGAUCUGAUGGGAUUGCUCGAGUCGGGGAUGGUUGAUUUCAACGAACAGAAUAACGCUAGCAUAAUGCGCCAGCUGCUGGACGGGUUAAACUACUGCCACAAGAAAAACUUCCUGCAUCGUGACAUCAAAUGUUCCAACAUUCUUAUGAAUAACAAAGGUGAGGUGAAACUUGCCGAUUUUGGACUGGCGCGAUUGUACAACGCGGAUAAUCGUGAGCGACCGUACACGAACAAAGUGAUCACCCUAUGGUACCGACCCCCGGAGCUGCUCCUGGGCGAAGAACGCUACGGUCCUGCAAUUGACGUGUGGAGCUGCGGAUGCAUCCUCGGCGAGCUGUUUCUCAAGAAACCACUGUUCCAAGCGAACCAAGAACCAGCCCAGCUAGAAAUGAUUUCGCGUCUCUGUGGCACCCCAACGCCGGCAGUCUGGCCGAACGUCAUCAAGCUCCCUCUGUUCCAUACGCUCAAAUCUAAGAAGCAGUACCGUCGAAAGCUUCGAGAGGAUUUCGUUUUCAUGCCUACCCCAUCGCUCGAUCUGCUUGAUAGCAUGUUGGUGCUGGAUCCAGACCGACGCAUUACCGCGGAAGAUGCGCUCAAAUCCAACUGGCUGAGAAACGUUAUACCUGACCAAUUACCUCCGCCGCAGCUACCGACAUGGCAGGACUGUCACGAGCUUUGGAGCAAGAAGAGGCGGCGUCAGCUUCGCGAGCAACAAGAAUCGGCGUUGAAUCUUCCUCCCGGCAAACCAUCAGGCAGCACAAUCAAAUUAGAUGGCAUUACUGUACCCGGGCCCGGCGGUCCUACCGGUAUUAAUAUGCUAUAA